GCGCGGCAUGCUCCAGAUUGUGAAAAUGUGGUCUCUCUGACGCAUCACCCCUCGGUUGGGAAGAGAGAGUAGAAUCCUAGAGCCCUUCCAGCCAUCGCAACCGGCUGCAUCACGCCUGCAUUUCAACAAUGGCAAACGACCACAUCCUUACGCUGUCCUGCCCGGACAAGCCCGGCAUUGUGCACGCUGUGACGGCCAUCUUUGCUCGCGAGGGACACAACAUUUUGGAACUGCAGCAGUUUUCAGAUGCGACUAGCCAAAAAUUCUUCAUGAGGGUUCACUUUGGCCCUACACCAACCGAGUCGACCGAGCAUCUCCGCCCAGCCUUUGACUCGCUGGCCGACGAGUACAAGAUGGCAUAUGACAUCCGACCGGUGGCCCAGAAGCCGCGUGUGCUCAUCAUGGUGUCCAAAAUCGGCCACUGCCUCAACGACCUCCUCUUCCGCGCCAAGACGGGCCAGCUCCCCAUCGACAUCCCCCUGAUUGUGUCCAACCACCCGGACUUUGCGCCCCUGGCCGCCAGCUAUGGCAUCGAGUUCUACCACCUUCCCGUGACCCGCGAGACAAAGGCGGCCCAGGAGUCCCAGAUCCUCGAGCUCAUCAAGCAGAACGACAUCGAGCUGGUCGUCCUGGCGCGCUACAUGCAGGUGCUCAGCGCGACGCUGUGCGAGGCCAUGUCCGGGCGCAUUAUCAACAUCCACCACAGCUUCCUGCCGUCCUUCAAGGGCGCCAAGCCAUACCACCAGGCCUACGAGCGCGGCGUUAAGAUCAUCGGCGCCACGGCGCACUUCGUCACGGCCGACCUGGACGAGGGCCCCAUCAUCGAGCAGCGGGUCGCCCGUGUCGACCACAGCAUGAGCCCCAAAGCCCUGGUCGAUGAGGGCUCCAACAUUGAGAGCCAGGUCCUGGCUGCUGCUGUCAAGUGGUAUGCGGAGCGCCGCGUUUUCUUGAAUGGGACGAAAACAGUUGUCUUUUGAGUGACACUGGAGGGAGGACCUGAAAAGUAUCUAGAUAAGGUGGUUUAGCUUUGCUAUGUACUUAGGACAUGGAAAACCAAAUGCUUCCUAUCAUGCACGUUUCAUCAUUGGGGUUGCUGGGGGUUUUCUCUGUGAGAUGUACCGACGUAGAGGCGCACACCCCAGCCAACGUCUCGAGGCUUGCAAUUAGGCGCAUACAGAUUCUAUGGCACAAAGCUGGCUUAGAGAGCUGACGUGAACAACAAGUUACAGGUCCUCGCAGU